UUGGCGUGGAGGCCACAUGGGGCGCCGGGCAUACGUGUGCUAGCAGGCGGAGUGAGGAGCAGCGCGGAGAGGUACCCGAAGAGGAGCGCAUUCCCCGAGCAGACAUGAAGCCAGGAUUCAGCCCUCGAGGAGGAGGAGGAAGGGGAGGAAGAGGAGGAGGAAGAGGGGGCUUUGGAGAUAGAGGAAGAGGAGGUUUCCGUGGAGGAAGGGGAGGAGGCGGAGGAUUCCGGUCCCCAGGUGGAGAGGGGGGGUUCCGUGGCCGCGGGGGGCCCCGAGGGGGGACGCCAAGGGGCAGAGGUGGAAGAGGUGGGGGUCGGGGGGGCUUCAGAGGAGGCAAGAAGGUGAUAGUGGAGCCCCACAGACAUGAAGGGGUGUUUAUCUGCCGGGGGAAGGAGGAUGCCCUCGUCACCAAGAACAUGGUGGUGGGCGAGUCUGUGUAUGGUGAGAAGCGCAUCAAUGUGGAGGAGGGAGAAAUGAAGACUGAGUACAGAGCAUGGAACCCCUUUCGCUCAAAGCUGGCAGCCGCCAUCUUGGGAGGAGUGGACCAGAUUCACAUCAAGCCAGGGGCAAAGGUCAUGUACCUGGGAGCUGCGUCGGGCACCACGGUCUCCCACGUGUCUGACAUCGUUGGGCCGGAGGGUCUCGUGUACGCUGUAGAGUUCUCUCACCGGUCUGGGCGAGAUCUUCUCAACGUGGCCAAAAAGAGGACCAACAUCAUCCCCAUCAUCGAGGACGCACGUCACCCACACAAGUACCGCAUGCUCGUGGGAAUGGUGGAUGUCAUCUUUGCCGAUGUGGCUCAGCCUGAUCAGACCCGAAUUGUGGCGCUGAAUGCCCACAAUUUCCUGAAGAAUGGAGGCCACUUCGUCAUCUCCAUCAAGGCAAACUGCAUAGACUCCACAGCUGCGCCCGAGGCCGUGUUUGCAGCUGAGGUGAAGAAGAUGAGCUCCGAGAACAUGAAGCCCCAGGAACAGCUGACCCUGGAGCCAUAUGAGAGAGACCAUGCCGUCGUCGUGGGAGUCUACAGACCACCCCCCAAGCAGAAGAAAUAAACGGCCACAUGCUGCCGGUGACCUGCACCACCUUCUCCUGCCAUCCUGGCUCUGACCAGCAGGGGGCACAAAGCUGUCAGUGUGUGGAUGCUCUGACCAGACAUUGAUGCAACAAACUUGAUUGGCCCUUUAUCAACCUUUUUCUGGGCAUUUUAGUAUGCAGCUUGCCGAGAAGACUGAACGUACCCUGCACAUCACUUAGAAAACAGCUGGAGAGGGUAGAAAUGUGGCAUACACAGCUUGCUUUCGUACCCUCCCCCUUCUGAAGUUUAUGUAAAAUACUUUGUGUUGAAUGGUUUGACAAAGGACUUGAGUGAACCCGAAACUUUUGUGAAAAACCUAAGUUACGUCUCAUUUUUUUCCAAACAUUGCUGCAAGAUAUAUUUUAUACAAAAACUUUCUGUUCAAAGUCCAAUAUGCUACUGAAGUCAACAGUGUUGAGUGUUUUUCUAAAAGUGGGGUUGUCAGAGAGGUGUCUUAACUGGAGUUUCCUAUGCAUAGAUUAUUUUUUAGCUCAAUUUACUGUUGACCACAAGAGUGUACCCUACCAUUUGUUUUAUAUUAAAAAAAUUCCAAAACCAUGUGUUUUGUUUUCCAAGAGACAGUCCAAGUCAUUAUACUGUGGUAGUGUA